GAGAGAGAGAGAGAGAGAGAAUGGGUAUUAGUGGAGAAGGAAGAAUGGUGUGUGUAACAGGAGGUUCAGGUUACAUAGCUUCAUGGCUUGUCAACCUCUUACUCCAGCGCGGCUAUACAGUUAGAGCCACUGUUCGUGAUCCCAAUGAUCAUAACAAAACUGAUCACUUGCGUGCACUAGAUGGAGCCAAAGAAAGGCUCCAAUUAUUCAAAGCAAAUUUAGUAGAAGAAGGAUGUUUUGAUCCAAUAAUCGAUGGUUGUGAAGGAGUAUUCCAUACAGCUUGCCCACUAUAUCACAUAAAUGAUCCACAAGUAAAUAUACUGAUAAUUUCCCAUUUUUACCUAUCAUCAAUUGUCCCCUAAACCGUAUUUACGCUUCAUCUUUUUUUUUUUUUAAGAAAAGAAUAAUUCUUUUAAUUAACUAUGAUUGAAAAUUUGAACUUGAGAGCUCACGACCUAGAGUCGAUUCCGGUCCAAAUUGAGUUAUGGUUUGUCAUAUUUCAGGAAGAAUUGAUGGAUCCUGCCAUUAAGGGAACACUGAACGUUCUCAAGUCAUGUGCAAAAGUCUCUUCUGUCAAGAGAGUGAUCAUAACAUCUUCAAUGGCAUCGGUUAUGUUCAAUAGAAAACCUUUGACACCUGAUGUUAUAAUUGAUGAAACUUGGUUCUCAGAUCCAGCUUACUGCGAGACAAUUACGCCUCUAUACCUACUUGCAAAAACCUUAGCUGAGGAGGCUGCUUGGCAAUUUGCAAAGGAAAAUGGAAUUGACAUGAUCACAUUACAUCCAUGUCUUACAAUUGGCCCUUACUUGCAACAAACCAUUAAUGUCACUACGGGUUUGAUUCUGAACUACAUAAAUGGAGAAACAUUUCCCAAUGAAAUAUUAAGAUUUGUUGAUGUUAGAGAUGUUGCAUUUGCACAUAUUCAGGCCUUUGAACUACCUUCUGCUAAUGGAAGAUAUUGUUUAGCUGGAAGAGUUGUGCAUUUCUCCGAGUUCUUAAAGAUUAUUCAUGAACAUUACCCUACACUUCGUCUUCCUUCCAAAUGUCAAGAUGACAAGCCUUUUGUGACCAAAUACGACGUAUCAAAAGAGAAAGCCAAGACUCUGGGCGUCAACUUCACUCCCUUGGAAGUGACUGUUGUUGAUACCAUUAACUGCCUGAUGCAGAAGGGCUUGCUUGGCGUCUGAAUCAUAUAAUUGAAGAAAAUAUUUCUGUUUAAGACAAGAUCUUGUUGUUCUUAGGAAAGUCCAACAACU